GUGGUAUGCCAGAGAUCAGAAAAUUCUACCAAAAUUGGUUAAGGAUAUGCCGGAAAUGUCCCUACUAAGAGUACUUAAACUAAGGAAUAUUCACAUUGAAGAUGUUUUGCAUUUACAGAAAUUUAUUAACUUAGAGGAGCUUGAAUUUGAAGUUUUUAGACAAUUCGACCCGAAAAUCCCUCUGCGCCUUCAAUAUUUUCCCACUAUUAAUAUUUUUCCAUUUGUGCACCCCUAAAUAAAUUACGUUCUCUCAGUGUAGUUGCUGUUAGUAUAGCCUCCGAGGACACCGACUUGAAGUCUCCCUUGAUGGCCCUGGAAGAGCUGAAAUUAGCGUAUUGCGACAUUGCCAUGGACUUUCCAACUUGUCCCAAGUUGAAAUCAUUUACACUCAAAGAAAAUUGGAUAUACGACAGUGAGGGUUCAGUUCGAAAAUCGAUCUUAAAUCAGGGAGAAUCUUUGGAAAGACUAGUCUUCUUUCGCCACUACACGCCAUAUGAUAACCAGGGGUUUCUUGAGUUAAUCCAAGGCUGUAGGAAAUUAAUAUACCUGAAACUUGCCAUUCGAAAGGUAAAGUUUACUCUAGAUUUUGUGCGUGAAAUUGUGGAUAUAUUGAAAGAAAACGGUCUCCAACCUAAUGAUCCUUUGGAACUGGUGCUAGACCAGUAUUUUAAGUUCAAAUGGCUGCGACAUUGGCUCAGUCUAACAGCAAAUUCGGAAUUGAUUAGGCUUCGACUUGAAAAUGUAAUAUAAAAUAAGAUAAAUAAAUACAUAUUUUAAACAAGAAACUCA